UUCCACUGGAAGCCGCCGCGAUUCGUUUCUCUUUUGUUUCCGCUCGAUGCGCCAAAGGAGCCGUCGGGGCGCAGCCCUCGGCGGGAAGGAGCGCUGAGACCUCGCGGGCGGGAAGCGGAGCUCCGGCCUGGCCGAGCGGCGGCGGAGGAGCCGAGCCUCUUGCAGGAAUCCCCCAUGCGACCUGCAAGCGCCAGUCCGGUUCCUGCUGCGCCAGCCGCCGACGCCUGGGCGCUUGCCCGCCCGCCCCGCUCUCGGUAGCCCUGCCGAGUGGCUCCUCCGCCCCCUCCCGCUCCUGGACUAGCAUGUGAGGCUAGUGGAAGGGAUGCGCUUUCGCUGCCAGCCGAAGCAAUAAAUAAACAUGGAGGCUGCUGCGAAGCCAGGCGGCCAGGAGGAGCAGAGCCACCCGGGCAGCGGCGGGGAGUCUCCCGCCGACGCGGCUAUGGACAGCUACUUGCGAUCUCAGGGAUUCUACCGCAAGCGGGUGGCGAAGGACGGAUCCUGCCUCUUCCGAGCCGUGGCGGAACAGGUUUUCGACUCUCAGUCUCAGCAUAUUGCCAUUAGGAUGUCCUGCAUAAACUACCUGCGGAAAAACAGAGAGAAGUUUGAAGAGUUUAUAGAGGGACCAUUUGAAGAAUAUUUGAAAAGCCUAGAAAAUCCACAGGAAUGGGUUGGACAAGUGGAAAUAAGUGCCCUUUCUCUUAUGUACAAGAAAGAUUUUAUAAUAUAUCGAGAACCAAAUUCUGUUCCUUCACACGUAACUGAAAAUGGCUUUCCUGAUAAGGUAUUACUGUGCUUUUCAAAUGGAAGUCAUUAUGAUAUUGUCUAUCCUAUAGAAUAUACACUCAAUGCUGCACUUUGCCAGUCUAUUCUCUAUGAAUUGCUGUAUGAGAAAGUGUUUGGUAUCAAUGUGGGUAAAAUAUUAGAAGAACUAGGCCUUCCUGAUGUGACGAAAGAUGGCAACAGGAGCUGCGAAGAGUCUGAGUCAGAAGAUGAAAACACAGAAAAUGAAAUGGCUGCAGCUACUGAUGUGAAUGAAUUGAAGCUUUUGGUGAGCAAGAAGCAGAGUACCCAAAAUGAGAAACCUGCUUCUAUCAACUUACCUGCAAAAGUUCUUCGGUCUCUCAAUCCAACAGUUUACCACAAUAUUGAAUAUGCCAACUGGCAACAGUCAAAACGAGAUCAGCAAAAGCGAGAUUUUUCUAUUGCUGCUGGCAUGCAGUAUUCAGUUGGAGAUAAAUGUAAAGUACGUUUAGACCACAGUGGCAAGUUUUAUAAUGCUCACAUUCAAGAAGUCCAGUCUACAAAUGGACCAGUGGUGGUCUUUGUGGAAGAGCUUGGUGCCAGGCAUUCUGUUCUGCUGAAGAACCUUAAGCCACUUCCACAGCCUUCUCCUGUGGAAACCUGGAGCAUUGUGGCAGGGAAGAAGAUGAAAAAGCUCACUUCAGUGCAUGGGCAAAUUGUUCAGACUGAUGCGGAAGGCCGGGGGUCAAAGAAUCCGAGCAAGCUGAUAAAAACAUCAUCGGCACGGCCUCCUCGACUGCAAGGACCAAGGGAGCAUCGCAUGUCUUGGCCUGGGAUACAUUCUCAGCACACCUCUCCUGAGCACAAAACUCAAGGCAGAAAUUCCUCGCAGGUGGCAAGGUCAAUCCAAAAGAUGGACCAUGACAGAAUGAACGGUUUGGACUGUGCCCGUAGAAAUUCUUUUGGCCUUUCUCCAGAGGAAUGCAAAGAGAAGCAGACUGUAGAAGAAACACGUGCCCCUUAUGAGCUCCAGCUACAGGAUGAAGAAGCCUUUCCUGCUCUUUCUAAUCCAUUGGUGUCUCAGGUAUCCACUCAGACCACUGAUAACUGUGGACGAAGAAAACUUUUGGCUCGUGAGGAGAGAAAAACCAACCAUGUGAAAGAAGAAGAGGAGGAGGAAGAAGAAGUGGGAGCAAAAGAAGAAAAAGACUUGGCUCCCAGGCAGAUCCCUUUAGAUCUGAAGCCUGACCCUGAAAGGCCCAAGAACAAUAAGGAAGAUGCCUUGGAUCCAGGCGUAUCGCCUCCCUUAAGUCACAAAGAUACACAAUCCCCAACUGUUGAACAAAAUUUGCCAGAACACUUACCACAUGUCAGCCACACUCCAUCUCCGGUUUUGCCUGAGAUGCAUUUGUCUCCCGCAGUGCCUCCUGUACAAGCCAUUGUGCCAGCUUGGCCAAGUGAGCCACCAACCUAUGGGCCAACAGGUGUUCCACCCCAAAUACCCGGGUCAUCAGUGAUGCCAUCUUCAGCCGCUGGGCUAGAUUCCCCUCUUGCCCAGACGACAUCCAGUCCAGUUGCCGGCAUUCCAGUACCCCUCCAAGCAGUUAACCAGCCUGUAAUGUCGAUUCCUCAAACGCUGAACCUGUACCAGGAUCCGCUGUACCCUGGAUUCCCUCUUAAUGAAAAGGGGGAACGAGUCAUGAUCCCUCCUUACUCCUUAUGCAGCACAGGAGAGGAUCUUCCGAACGAUAAAAAUGUCCUCAGAUUUUUCUUCAAUCUUGGUGUGAAGGCAUACAGCUGUCCCAUGUGGGCCCCACACUCCUAUUUGUACCCUCUCCAUCAGGCUUGCUUGACAGCUUGUAGAAUGUAUCCAAAGGUUCCAGUUCCCGUGUAUUCUCACAAUCCUUGGCUGCAAGAGGUCCCUUUGACUCAGAAUGGAAAUGAAGCUGUACAAACGGAAGGCCACUUUCCUAUGCAGAACGAAAUCACAAUCAACGGCCAGAGUCCCCACACUGAAACCAUGCCUCCAUCUGUGCCCCUCUUCAUACCUACCACUCAAGUGCCUGAAAACCAAGGACUGGUCUGUGUUGGGUCUGAGAAUCCAGCACAAGCACUUCAUACUGAAUAUGAGGAUUCAUUGGGACGAAAAAGCAUAUUCCCACAGCCCCCAUUUGGGCAGAGCCCAUUCUUGGGACCUGUUCCAGUUGCACCUAUUUUCCCUCCCCUUUGGUAUGGGUAUCCUAUUCAGGGCUAUGUUGAAAAUUCUGUGGCAAGGCCAGUUGCUGUGCCUCCUGAGGACACACGAGCUGCUGUGUACUUGCCUAAGGAGUGCAGUUCUCUAGCCCCAACAGCAGGAUGUUUUGAGUCGCUUCAGAAGGCCAAGAAUGAAAGCACUGCCCAGUGCCUUCCUUUCCCUGUGACUGCUGCACAAGGUGAAUGUGGUGGUCUCAAUGUAAACUCAGCCUGGGUGCCUAAGGAGAAGCAGACCUGUACUGCUACGCUGCCUGCUACACAAACAAAGUCUGUACCCCAAAAUCUUUCCACAGAAGUGGAGGAUAGCAAAAGCCAAGCAGUGUCAGCACCGGAGAUGCAGCUACCAAAUACUGCAUCAAAGAGUACCUCUCUUAGUCCUAAAGAAGUAACCGAUAAAGGUGGUGCAACUAGUGACUUAACUGGCUUGGGAGAAAGUAAGGUACAAAGGCCAAGGGAAGAGAGUUCUGAAGAUGAAUGUGAAGUUUCUGAUAUGCUGAGAAGUGGUCGGUCAAAACAGUUUUAUAAUCAAACUUAUGGAGGAGGUAGAAGACCCAGAAGUGAAUGGAGCUACCCCUCUGGGAGGGGGGGAUACCACCACUACCCAAGAAAUGAGGACGCAUGGAAGGGGCCACCCACGAGGAGUAGAGACGAAGGCUACCGCUAUCACCGCAGUUCUAGGGGAAGGCCGUAUCGUAAUGAGAGAAGAAGACCAAACGUGGGAGAUAGUCAUCGGGGGCAGCAGUUCCCUUAAGAGAAUCUUGGGAUUCUUCAAACAUGUAUACUAAUACUGAGAGAGUUAAAUUAUUUCCAAACACACACAUGCUUUCUGCUUGCUUUAAAGGCCAGAAAUACCCUUGGAUUUUCAGAGUGAAGUGAGGCUGAAGGGGAAAUAACCUUUUAGUGUUACUAAUUUUUGUUUUAAAAUGUUUGGUUUUGUUUAAAUUUUUCACAGUUGUGGUUAAGAGAACCUGUGUUAUGUUUGGACUUUCUCCCCCAAAGAUUUGAGUUUGUGAUGGAAGAAAGUGGUUAUAAUGGAACCUUCCUGCAGUUGAGUAUUUUGACACUUAAUAAUGAAGAAUGUUGCACCAAAUAGAAUGUUUAUCCUAGCAUACUGUAUCUUGGGGCUUUAUGCUACAAGAAUUCUCAGCCUCCUGGACUGUUGUCUUUGUGCUUCCAAUCCAAAGGCCUUUCAUCUCGAAACUUGUGAAACUUGAAUGUGUGGGGUUGUGUGUUUUUGCUUCAAUGAUUUCCCCAUGUACAGUGGUCAACCAUCCUUGUGUCUUAGAUGUUUUAUUCAUAAGGAUAUUUUUUAAUAAAGCGUUUCUUGAACUAGUAAAAGCAAUCAAGAAUACCUGUGUGGAAAACUGGUAGGAAAUUCAAUCUAGUGGCGAAUUCUCCCAGGCAGUCUUAACACUGGUAUGACCAUAAUGGUGCCUAUGCCAAUUAUGUAUUAUAAGAUGCUGUGCAUUUCCAGAAUAGUUUUGCAUCUGUUACAAUACAAUUUAAGACACUUUUUGCACUGACAAAUACCUAAACAGUUGCUACAGGAAAGAUUCAUGAAAUAACCGCAGUUGCUUUUUUCUAAAGCAAAGCUUAUGUAAUAAGUUAAGUAUUUGUCUCUUUCCUUUUUGCACUGUUUUAAGGCUAGUUAUACUUUAUAAAACUCCUUGCUGAUUUUUUUUUAAACAGUGGCAAUUUUGUAGAAUGGGAGGCCUCUGUCCUAUUUUACAACGUCAGUCUGAUUGCUGCCUUGUUCUUCUGUAAGACUGAACUAUGUAUAUUUAUAUAUAUUGGUGUAAAAGGUGAAGGUUACUUUUUAUUCAUGUUUAAGAGAUUCUAUAGCCUUUUGAGGCAGGAGACUUGAAUGAUACCAUGUUUGUGAAUUCCCUUCGGCUGCAUGCUGUGUACUUCUGAUUAAAAAUGUGUUUGUUCUUUGA